AUGGAACGUGUGGAGCUCCGUGCGUUUCAGCGCGAAGUUCUGGAGCUUGCGCGCGAGAAGAAUGUAGUGAUGGUAGGAGAAACAGGUAUUGGAAAGACAUUCUUAGCUAUUGCAUUGCUAUCAGAGCAGGAUUAUUCGGGUGAUCGACGCGCGUUCUUUAUGGCUCCGACGCGCCAGUUGGUAGUGCAGAUCACGGCCAAGAUUCGCCAAACUAGCACCUUGCGUGUAAAUUCGUAUUGUGGACGAACAGCUGAUUUGUGGGACGCUACACAAUGGGAACGAGAAUUGCAACUCACUCGUGUGUUUGUGUGCACACCUGAGAUCGUACGCAACGUUUUACUUAAGGGGUACGUGUCACUCAGUCGCAUGAAUCUACUGGUAUUUGAUGAAUGCCAUCACGUGACAAAGCGCCAUCCAUAUGCGCAAGUAAUCAAAAUGUUUAAUCAAGAGACAUUAUCAUCAAUGCCUCGUAUCUUUGGGACCACUGCUUGUCCAACGCGUCAUUGUGCCGAAAAGCUUCACGCUGAGAUGAAGAAAGUGGAGUUAGACAAGAGUCAAAUUGCCGAAUUUGCAGCAGCUGCACCAAUGAUUUAUGAAACGUUUCCAGUGCAACAAUCGUGGGUGGAAGGGGAAAAGACUGAUGGAAGUAAUACAGCUUGGAUUUAUGAGAGUAUUGAAAAGGAGCUCGCUGAAGUGAAAGCUGUGGCGGUGUUAAAAAAACUCAUAAGAAAAGGAAAAAGUGACGCGGCCGCGGACCCCAAGAAGCUUGAAAAAGCAACGAAAAAAUUUACGCAAAACUGCAUCACUAUUUACAAGAAUUUGGGUCCAUGGUGUUAUUAUCGUUUUGUCGAGAUUGAAAUUCAUCGUUUGGCCAUUGCAGCUUCUUUACUAAUUACUAUUCCAGGGAGUAUGUUUGGGUUAGAUCGAGAUGCAGUCAAAACCAUGUUACUAUUGGCUGGUAAGAGAAGCACGUGCGACUUUGCAUGUAGCGCUAAAGUUCAAAAAGUGGAAGAGAUUUUGCGCACACAAUUGUUUGGAGAGGAAGAUGGAGUGGACGAAGUUGCUGGAGCUGAGCUAGAUGACUCCGACGGUUUGGACAGCGACGAUGAACCCAAUAAUUUGCUAGUCUCUGGUGAGAAAAAUUCUACUUCUAUUGAAGAGAAUGAGACACAAGUGCCACGAACGAAGCGCAGCUGUUUGAAUUUACAAGGAGUUGUUUUCGUGGAUACUCGAACAGAAUGUCGUGUAUUAUCGGACUUUUUCAACGAUAAAUUUUCAACGGAAAAAGAGACAGAAGAGUGCGAAGUGGAGCCAUCGGCAGAAUUGAAUGGGGCAAAUUCAGAAGAGAUGAAAGACGAACUUUUUGCUAGCAUUUUGGGGAGAGCUUCAAGAAAUGAUACAGCAUCAUUUCAAAUGCCUAAAAUGGAAACGAUUCUGAAAAAGUUUGAGUCUGGCUCGAUCCGUGUUUUGAUUUCCACGGCUGUAUCGGCAGAAGGAAUUGACUUUCCUCAAUGUGGUUUAAUUGUUGUUAUGGAUCGUGUUGAAACUGCUCGUAAAUUGAUGCAGCUUAAGGGACGUGCACGCCACGAGGAUGGCGUCGUGUACUACCUGGCGGAAGAAGGAGACUUGGCUCACGAAGUGUAUUUUAAACAAUUACUUCGUGAGGUAGAAGUCAUUAACCAGCUGGAGUUUUCGAAAGAGAAAGUCGAGACUCUUUACCAGCAGCCACGCUCCAUUGCAGCCGAAAUGAUGGGAGCUGGUGUGCAUCGAAUUGAAAUUGAAUCUACGGGUGCUGUCCUGGAUCUCGACAGCAGUAUCGCCUGCAUCAAUCAAUUUUGUCAGUCCCUACCUACCCGACUAUUUACAGUCAAUGUAAAGCAGCUAUAUUCCGUUACGGAAGCUCGCAAUCCAAUGCCUUCAAAAGCGAGUGCCCGAGCAUCUGCAGCAUUUAGCGCUUGCCAGAAGCUGUUAGAGCAGCAUUUGAUUGACGACUCACUGAACUCAAUAUAUCGCACAAGCAAGGUGAAAUCGUCGUCAAAUGAUCAAGAUGGUCUGCUCACACGAGAGACGGCAAGCAAUUCUGCAUUAAUUCCUGUACAUGAAUUGUCAAUGCAUUUGAAGAAGCAUCAAGACUUAUAG